AUGUUAGUGACGUAUGUAGAAAAUACUUGUGAUUUAUGUUUAACUCCGUAUUGCAUCAAAGCAGCAAAUUAUCUGGUCGAAAGUAUUGAUGAAACAGUUGAUCCAUGUGAAAACUUCUAUGAGUUUGCUUGUGGAAAAUGGAUUAAAAAUGCCAUAAUAUCAUCGGAAAGUAAUGAACAGAGUUCAUUAUCGCAAUUAGCAAAACAUUUAGGACAUACACUUGCCGAUUUGUUAUCAUCGUCAUCGUCGAAUAGAAUAAAAGAGUCCAAAGCAAUUACUAAUGCUCGUCGCUUAUAUAGUUCUUGUAUUGACGAAGAUACUAUCGAAAUGGAAGGUAUCGAUGUAAUAAUGUCAAUGAUCAAUAAAGAGCUUGGAGGUUGGCCUGUCUUGCAAGGCUCGGCCUGGAAUGAAUCAACAUUUGAUUUUGAUCGAUUGAUGCUCAAAUUAAGUCAGUACAAUAACUACAUAUUUUAUACUGUAAACACAGGUGUUGAUGAGACGAAUUCAUCGAUUCGAAGUAUUCAUAUUAGACCCUCCAAUCUGGCUAUACACAAUUUUAUUCACUAUUCCAAGGGAAUAAAAGCAAUACAGGCUUACCAGUAUUUCUUUGAAAAUUUUACUCUAGCAUUGACCAAUGAUUCAUCAGCAAUCGACAAUGAUCUUAUUGAUUUAUUAGAAUUCGAGAUGGAACUUUUUAAAUACUUUAUGUCGCAAGAUCAAUCAGACUUUCGCGAAACUGUUCGCACAACACUCGGUAAUCUUUCACAUACAAUCAAUGUCACCUUCGAUUCUUCUAACUAUAUUCGUCGUUUGUAUCUGUUUGCUAAUGUCUCUGUGAUCGAUGCAGACAUUGUAAUUGUGAGUGCACCUAAACUUUUGCAUGGUAUUUCGUCAAUUAUUAGUCGACAAUCACCGCGUACUAUGCAAAACUAUAUGAUAUGGCGCUUCAUGAUGAAUCGAGCUUGGCAUAUGCCAAAACGAUUUCGAAAUAUUAUGCAACAAUUUACUCAUGUAUUUGAUGGCACAAGUACUGAAGAGUCACGUACAAUUACAUGCGCCAAUUAUGUCAAUAUAGUGAUGAGCUUGUCGGUUUCAAAACUCUACAUCGAAGAAUAUUUCCAUAAGGAUGCUCGAAAAGAAACAACUGAAAUGAUCAACAACAUUCGAAAUAUUUUCAUCACGAUGGUCAAUCGAUCGACAUGGAUGGAUUCAAAAUCGAAAAUCAUAGCGAUUGAAAAAACUCGAGCUAUUACAGCAAAACUUGGUUAUCCUGAUUAUCUAGAGAGUGAUGAUAUGACAAAACUUGAUAAAGACUAUGCUGAGUAUAAUUUCAACUUAUCUUAUAUGCUGAAUGUUUUGAGUGCUAUUCAACUACAUUCGAAAGCAAGUCUUCAAAUGCUUCGCUAUCCUAUCGAUCACAAGGAAUGGACUGAUAUCUCGCCCACACGUGUCAAUGCCAUACAUAGAUUAUUAAGGAAUGAGAUUUUGUUUCCAGCUGCCAUACUUCAAGCACCUUUAUUCGACAAAGAUGCACCUAAGUAUCUCAAUUAUGGUGGUAUUGGCUUUCUCAUGGGACAUGAGAUUGCACAUGGAUUUGGUGAUGAAGGUAAGGAAUAUGAUUUAAAUGGAAACAAAGUUUCAUGGUGGACUAAGGCGACUGUCAACGCAUUUGACAAACGCAAGAAAUGUAUCAUCGAACAAUAUGAUGACUACACUUUGACUCAAGUCAAUCGAUCGGUAAACGGAGAACAAACACUAGAUGAAAACAUCGCCGAUGAUGCAGCACUCAGACAGGCUUUCUUCGCCUAUCAACAAUGGGCUAAGACUCAUAAAAAUGUUGACAAGAAACUUCCCGGUUUAACCAAAUAUUCGACAGAACAAAUGUUCUUUUUGAACUUUGGUCAUAUAUGGUGUACGAAAAUGACAGAUGAAUCUGUGCACUCUGAUCUUGUACUGGAUAAGCAUUCCCCCGCACAAUUCAGAAUACGUGGUCCUACCUCGAAUUUUGUUGAGUUCGAUCGGGUAUUCGGCUGCAAGGCAGGUCAAGUCAAAUUGAUUUCAUCAACUUACACUCCUGUUGGUGUGAUGGCUUCAAAAAGAAUUUAUUUAUGGCUUUUACUAUUAAUUAUUACACAAUCAGUUGGAGAAGAUAUGCGAUCAGUCAGAAUGUCUUUAAUGCGUGGUUGGAAAUUUCAAUGUGCUAAUACAACCUGUUUACCAUUCACUAGUAUUAUGACGUCGACUAUUAUGAAGUGUCAAAUGGCUUGUUUAGCUCAAAUUUAUUGUAGAGCAGCCAGUUUUCAUCAAUCAAUUUCUAAUUGUGAAUUAUUUACUGAUAUGUCAAAUGAAAUUGCAAAUAUGCUGACUGAUAUCGAUAUUAUUAGUAUGAUUGUUAUUGCUGGAACUCGAUCUCCACCUGAACCAACCACAACAACUUCAACAUCAACAACAACUACAACGUCAACAAUAACAACAACAACAUCAUCAACAACAACAUCAACUUCAACAACUACAACAACAACAACAACAACUACAACAACAACAACAACAUCAACAACAACAUCAACUUCGACAUCAUCAACAACAACUACUACUACUACUACUACUACAAAAACAACGUCAACAACAACAUCAACAUCAACUUCAACAUCAUCAUCAACAACAACAUCGACUUCAACAUCAACAACAACGUCAAAAACAACAUCGACAACAUCAACAACAACAACAACAACAACUUCAAAAGCAACAACGCCGACAACAACAGCUGUUCCUGCUUGCGGUCCUAGUGUUUGUUGUAGUGCUCCAAGUUGUAGUGCUUGUGUUUAUGGUAGUGCUACUUAUUACUGUACUCGUUAUGUGGGUCCAACUGGUUAUAAUAUUUAUACUAGCGCUAGUAGUUGUAUUGCUAAUGGUGCUGCUAGUAUGUAUUGUGACUAUAGUGCUACUUGUGGUAGUGGUGCUGGUAGCCCAGGUUUUGGUUCUGGUAUUGGUUGUUGA